GUCAUUGUUCAUAAGACAAAGUGAGGCAGCAAAGAAAGAAAUGGGUGUACAGCCAUACAUGCAAAGUAGUGGGUGGACCUCAACCCUGGCUUAGCUCUUGUGGUGUAGCGAUCUUUACCCAACACCCAGCAUGAGUUUCCAGGUACAAGUCAGUCACGGUUCUGACAGGCAUGCUGUUGAGGUGCAGAGUGCUGACAGCGUUGUUGCAGACCUCAAGACCACACUAUUAACACUGACACAGAUUCCCAUAGACUCACAAAAGCUUAUAUUCAAAGGUAAAACACUGCAAGAUGACUACAAGACGGUUUCUGAACUAGGAAUCAAGCAAGGCAGUAGAUUAAUGGUUCUGGGAAGAAAGAGUGCAGUAGCUGAUGACCCCUCCUCUAAAGAAGUGGAGAAAUUUAGCUGUGCAGUGGAUGGCAUAGCAAGGAAGAUGGAGGGAAUCAGAGAGGAGGUCACUGGGAUUGAAAAGGGAUUUCUCCAAACUGAGUUGAUAGCCGAUGCUUGUCGUGGUCUACACAAGAGGUGUCUCGCGUGUGGAGAGCUACUCAUGCAAAACCUGGAGAAACUAGAUUCUAUGAUAAUUCCUCCAACAGAAACGCUCAUUAGAGGGAGGAAGAAGUCAACGGUCGUAAGAAUACAGAGUCUACUCACAAGAAACGAUGAUCUCAUAAAAAGAAUUGAUGCAAUAUAAUAGCAAGAAAACAUGAUAAUUAAAGUCUGUUCAGUUGUUACGCUAGGUACUUUCUUGCUAAUGCAUUUGCUUUCUUUUUGAAGCUGUUUGAAGUUAUCGGUGUGUUAGGUGUGUAGAACGGAUUCAGUGUCGCCUGUGUAUGUGUGUGUGUAAGUGUCAAGUGUCCACAAUGAAAAUCAUCAUUAGUUAUAAUGGCUAAGUA